CCACCACCACCACCACUACAGCCAUCACCACAGGCAGCAGAUCUCUGACAACCCUCUCGCCUCCCAAUACCAACAGACCAACAAUCCCCCCGCCCAACCUUUUCUCCCGCGCAACCCGAUACCACCCAACAGCCACCAUGUCGACCGCCAUGCCAGCCACGCACGGCCACAACGAAGCCUGCUGCAACAUCCCCCCCGUGGUCGCCGACGGCUACAUCCCCAAGGGAUCCUACGAGCAGCUCGGGGGGAUGAAGACCUAUGUGACCGGUCCCGCCACCACCACAAAAGGCAUAAUCUCCAUCUUCGACAUCUUCGGCUACUUCGACCAGACACUGCAGGGCGCCGAUAUCCUGGCCACCGGCGGCGGGGCAAGCCAGCAGUACCGCCUCUUCAUGCCGGAUUGGUUCAAGGGGAAGCCGUGCCCGGUUGAAUGGUAUCCCCCGGACACCCCGGAGAAACAAAGCAAGCUAGGCGAAUGGUUCGGCCAAAACAACCCCGUGGCCGUGGCCGAGGCCCUCCCCGCCUACGUCGAGGCCGUGCAAGCUGCCAACCCCACCAUAACAUCGUGGGCGUUGAUCGGGUUCUGCUGGGGCGGAAAGGUCACCGAGCUGGUGACGUCCAACCCGUCCACCAACCCCUUCGCCGUGGCGGCGGCCGCCCACCCGGCCAUGAUCGACCCGGCGGGCGCGGAGAAGAUCGCCGUGCCCUACAUCCUGCUCGCGUCGCAGGAGGAGGCGCCGGAGACCGUGCAGGCGUUUGAGGCGAAGCUGAGCGUGCCGCAUCAUGUCGAGACGUUCGGCGACCAGGUGCAUGGGUGGAUGGCGGCGCGGGCGGAUUUGAGUGAUCCCCACGUGCGGGAGGAGUAUCUCCGCGGGUAUCGGACGGUGUUGCGGUUUUUGGGGGAGCAUUGGCAUUGA